CGCGCCACUGCUGGCCCAGAUUCAACGCGACCGUCACGAGAGCGCGUUACCUUCUUCUUCUUCUAACGUCAUCUUCUCGUCCUAUGGAAAAAGAGUUUAACAAAUAAUCUUCCGAAUAUUAGUCGAAGAGAAAGAUCCCUUGGUGGGAAUAAUAAAAUCGCAUAUCAACACCGCCUAAUGUAACUUAGUCCUCACCAAUACCCCUCCCCUCUUCCUUCGGCGAGAUUCGCGCUCAGCAAAAAACUCUCUUCCCCUAAAAAUCUACAUGUAAAACCCCCCUUGACCCCCUCACUGUUUUGUCCUCUGUAAAAAAAAAAAAAAAAGAAAAAAGAAAAAAAAACACAAAGAAAGAGAAGAAAAGGAAGAAAAAAAAAACAAAUUACUAAUUAACAAAAGAAAAAAAAAAGAUUAACAAAGUAUUCGAUUAGUUAAAUGAAAAACAACUUUAUAAGACUGACAUCUAUGGGCUAAGUUGUCUGAAUUCAGCCCAGCUUCGCAUUAGUGUGGCACAUUUGCAAAAGAUUCAACAAAAAGAGAGAAAGAAAAACGGGGGAAAAAAAAAUACAAAUUAAGAAACAUUAUAAGUGUGAGCAACCGGUGUGUCGGAUAUAAAAAAGAAAAAAAAAGAAAACGUCACCCGGGCAAGAAGAAGGAAAUCCUUUUAAAAGUAAUUUGAACGAUAUAGUAAAAAAGGGAGAGAAAAAGGGAUAAAAAAAAGUAAAUUUAAACCACUUGUAGUUGUAAGGAGGAAAUGAGCAACAUGAGGGUAAAGGAUAUCAGGCCGGCGCCCGCCGAGAUUGAAUACAAAAACAUGAAGUUCCUCAUCACUGAUCGGCCCAAUGAUCAGACCAUUCAUACUUUUAUUCAAGAACUGAAAAAGCACAAUGUGAAAGAAGUAGUGAGAGUCUGUGAACCAACGUACAAAGUUGAAGAACUUAAGACAGAAGGGAUCAAUGUCAUAGAUUUGGUAUUCGACGAUGGGACGUUUCCACCAAACGAGGUAGUCGAUGAAUGGUUCGAAUUAUUGAAAAAUCGAUUCCGUGAAACACCUGAUGCUUGUGUAGCGGUACACUGUGUAGCAGGACUCGGCAGAGCACCCGUAUUAGUUGCCCUAGCUCUCAUUGAAUUGGGUCUAAAGUACGAGGACGCUGUUGCUCUGAUCAGAGAGAAAAGGCGAGGCGCUAUUAACUCAAAACAGCUGGCCUACCUUGAGAAGUAUCGUCCCAAGUCACGAUUGAAGCUCAAAAAUGGACAGAAGAAUUCUUGCUGCAUUCAGUAGAUUUAAAAAUAAAAUUAAAACAAAAAAAAAUAAAUAAAAAUAAUAAUAAAAAAAAGGAAAGGGGGAGAAGAGAAGAAAAGAAAAGUAAAGUAAAGUAAAGUAAAGUAAAGUAAAGUAAAGAAAAAAAAACGAUCUUUUUCAAAUGAACUUAAACAAUUCAUACUGAUUGGUAUACCUAAUUGUAUGGGUUUCCUCGCCUGAUAACAAAUGACAUUGUACCGACUCUUUCAAAUGGCCUACCAGUGGAAAUGCAACCAAACAUGAGUCAUUGCCAAUGGCGAUGUUUAUACCAUCCCACGUGUCUAAAAUAAGCAAUCGAGAGAAAAAUAGAAAAAAGAGAGAGAGAGAGAGAGAGCGUGAGAGAGAUAGGGAGAGAAUAAUUCAGGUGCUUUAAAUCGUGGCACUUUUCAUUUACAAAAGUUGUAUAUUUAUUUUUGAUACUUAACCCAUAUUGAAUUCCAUAGGACAAAAUAAGCGUUUAUAUUGUAAGAACUGUACCUCUAACAUUAAAGAACGAGUAUUACCGAAUGCCGAAAUAAUAAUACAUUUUUAUGCACUAUUUGUCAAAUUUCUAAUCGCAAUUUGAAUAAUUAUAUUGUAUUAUUGUAUGAAAUAUAUAUGGUCUGAGAUUAUCUUUUACUUUUUUUCUUUUUUUUUUUUUUUUUAAGUUUUUCUUUUCUUUUCUUUUCAUUCUUUCAUUUUGAUUUUACAAUAUAUACAAUAUCUUCGGAAUAUCUAUCGAUCUAUUUUGUUAGAGAGUUCUGGAGGCCAAUCCACAGACUUACAUAUUAGUACAACAACAUCACGUUAUACGAUCGACGAAAUAAUAUUUUUCAGCGUGCGACUGAAUUGGAAUGCUUUAUCAUUUAUUAUUAAACCGAUCGAUCUCUGAUGAUGACGAUGAUGAUUAUGAUUAUGAUGAUGAUGAUGAUGAUGACGAUGAUGAUGAUGAUGAUGAUGACGAAUAUGGUUCCUUUCGCGUUGAAAUUAUACUAAUAAAUAAGCUGUGUGAUAAAUGAUGCAGCUUUUCCCGAGGAAUUUACGUGCAAUACGAAUGGCGCAUAAGAUUUUUUCCGAGAUAAAU